CUCUCAUUUCCCUUGCAGCUUAAUCGACAAGUCGUCUAGGUGAACAGGGGAGGAAGGAUCGAUCAGGCUAUGUCGUCGUCCCCCACGAAGGUAGCGGCCUCAUCGGUGGCCGACCGGCCAGCAGUCCAGAGCUUGAUCAGAAUCCGGGAGACCGCCGCGCAUCUCGGCGUCAUGAUACGACCUUUGUUUCUCGAGCAUGCAGCGGCCAAGUCCACCUUCGAUGAGCUCAUGGAUUCGGUAUCGAGAGCUCUCACCUUAGCCGUCGUUGAGGAGACAGCGGCGGUGGCUGACACCGGAGAGGAUCAGCUGCGCGAGAUCUCAGGUGGGAAGAGUAAGAUCAGCUCGGUGGGAGAGAGGAGAAGACUUUGCAGGAGAAGAUCACGACCAUAUUCAUGGACAAAGGUCAUAUCAUCGUCUAUGGAUGAUGGCCACACAUGGAGGAAAUAUGGGCAGAAGGUUAUCCAAAGUGCCAAAUAUCCAAGGAGCUACUUCAGAUGCACCCACAAGCAUGAUCAAGGUUGCAUGGCCGUCAGGCAGGUCCAGAAAUCACAGGAUGAUCCCUCCACUUACAUCGUCACCUACUUGGGUGAGCACACAUGCAAGAGUCCCUCCAUGGCCCCUCAGGUUAUCAUCUCAGCCAUGGACUCCAGGAACUCCUCCCAUCUGAUUAGCUUUGGAGCAGACUCAGAGAAGAUUACACGAGAAACCCCACAUCCUUCUCUCAAAAAGGAGUGUGAUGAAGAGGUACUGAGCAAUCUGACCACCGUCAGCUCAUCGCCGGCGGCUACCUCGAACCCUGCAGUCGCUGCACCAGUUGCUCCACUUGCAGGUCAUGAUCAUGGCGAUGUGACUUCCGGGUUCCAGGCUCCUACCAGCAGUGUGGAGAUGGAGUUCAUGGAGGGCCUGCUUGAGUGGGAGAGUCUGCUUGGCGUCGACUCUGAUUGUUUCUUCCUGUAGAAGAACUCAGAUUCAGAAGACUUGGACUUGCCCACAGUUCUCUCAUGGUGUAAAGCUAGUAUAAGUUUGUGUGGCUAUGAGGUUGCAGGUUGAGAGUUGCACCUCUGAAGCCAGUGGGCUACAGAUACCCUUCUUCUUCUUCUUCUUCUUCUUCUUCAUGUACAGUGCAAGCUGCACGCAGAAACUAUUGUAAUCGCUUACUAAUGGAGUCCAAUUUUGGAUC